UUGGCAAGAGGCGAUUCAUUGGAGUACUUUAUUAUCCGCUAUCCGCUCGCGUUUGACCUGCUGACCUCUGUGUGCAACAUUCGCCUCUCUGUUCUGAUGUCCAUAGUGAGAGCAUGCGGCGUUGGCCGACCUCACGUGAAAGGUAGAGAAGGACGUUGGACGUGGACCAGCCGGUCGCGCUGUACAACGAAGCGACAGACGACGACGAUGCUGAAAGAGGUGACCGGCAUCGAGGAUACGAUGGCGGUGGAUGACCUCCGUCGUUUGUACGAGGGCGAGUCUUCGAACGACGAAGACGACGACGUCCUGAUGAGCGACUCGACUGCUCUUCUGUACGACCACGACUCCAAUGCCGUGACCGACGAGUCGAGGUUCGCCGAAGGCCGCCAAGACGGAUACACGGAUCUCUCGAAUUCGGAUCUGUCCAGCGACUUCGACGAGUGUCAUUUGGCGAUUCUCAGAGAUCUGUUUUGUGAGAAGUCAAGCCUACUCUACCAUGACAUUUUGGAAAUCCGAGAAACCGAGCUAAACGAAGAAGUGAUUUCGGCGUUUCGCGAUCGCUACGAUACGCUGUUCAGUCAGGCAAAGAUGAUAAUGGACAACGUACCUCUGAUGGUUCCCGAAAUACUGAAUCGAUUGAAAGUGGUUGAAACGGUGCUUACCCAAAUGGAUCAUGCGUGGGAGUAUCGAACCGAACGCGAGAGCGGAUCCGGUAUGUUGAAUGAAGAACACUGA